AUGGCUUCCACAGGCAGUCGCAGAUCGAGCACAGAGUCCGAUUACAGAGAGGUGUUCACAGCUGCCAUACAUGACCGUCUGCGAACAGGGUUAGAGGCGCACGUUCAGCGUCAAAAGUCCAAACGAAAACACCACGGGCUACCUCAUAAAGCGUCGCGGGAUGCAGAUUUGACUCGAAUUGCAACAAACCUGUCCAAAGAUAUCGGCGUUGCACACCAGACUCUUUCAGACGUUGAUCCACGUCUGGAUCCAGAAAAUGAGGCUUUCGACUUUCGAUUUUGGGCAUCCACAUUCAUCCACUUGGUCAGAGAGGAUGGUAUCGGGCGAGCGUCCGUGGGAUUCUCGUUCACAUCACUCACGGUAUCUGGGACAGGGUCCAGCGUGGUCGUCCAGAAGACAGUUGCAUCUCCCCUCCUUGCAUUGGCACGGCUCCCAUUGCUUUUUACGAAGCCAAAAGGGCAGCCGAAGGUCAUUCUGAGCAGCUUAAAUGGCUCGGUCAGGAGUGGCGAAAUGCUUCUUGUUCUUGGAAGGCCAGGGAGCGGCUGUACAACUUUCCUUAAAGCCAUCACUGGUCAGCAACAUGGCCUGGCCCAGUCCACUGACACGGUGAUUACCUACGAUGGAAUUUCUCAGGCAGCAUUCAUCAAGAACUUCAAGGGUAGAGCCGUGUACUCGGCAGAGAAUGAUGAGCAUUUCCCACACCUGACCGUGGGCCAGACACUAAGCUUCGCUGCGAUAGCCGAGACUCCUCGUACACGCGUCCAAGGCGUCGAUCGAGAAUCUCAUGCAAUCCACAUGGUUGAAGUUAUGCUGCGGAUAUUUGGCCUGACACAUACUCGAAACACCAAAGUUGGAAAUGAUACCAUUCGUGGUGUUAGUGGUGGCGAGCGAAAACGUGUCAGCAUCGCAGAAAUGGCUCUGGCACGAUCCUCUGUUGCUGCCUGGGAUAAUUCCACACGAGGCCUCGACUCUGCAACAGCCUUGGAAUUCGUUCGGUCCCUAAGGACCUUGGCAGAUAUCCCCGGAGUUACUCAGGCCGUCGCCCUGUACCAAGCAAGCCAAAGCGUCUAUGAUCUCUUUGACAAGGUCUUGGUCUUGUAUGAGGGCCGACAGAUCUUCUUCGGCUUAGUCGAACUGGCACGUCCGUAUUUCGAGAGGAUGGGAUGGUAUUGUCCUCCACGACAGACGACUCCGGACUUUCUCACAUCCGUCACAAACCCUGCUGAGAGACAGGUGCGGAGAGAUUUCGCAGGGGCUAUCCCAACGACAGCUCUGGAAUUCGAGAAGUACUGGCAUCAAUCUGGAGAAUAUGCUGCUUGCAUGGCCGAACUCGCACAAAGCCAGAUGGACGACCAGCAUAUUGGACGCCUCCAAACACUUCGUGAUGCCCAUCGCUCAGCACAAGCGAAGCACACCCGAGUGAAAUCGCCCUACCUAUCAUCAGUGUGGAUGCAGACCAAAUUCUGCAUGAGAAGAUCAACACAAUUGCUCUGGAAUGAUCGUGGAGCGACCGUGACGCUGACAAUCGGACGAGUUAUACUGGCCCUCAUUAUUGGCAGCAUUUUCUAUGGCCCGCCGGAUACAACGGCAAGCCUGCAGUCAAGAGGUUCGGUCAUCUUUCUCGCUACCUUAAUGAACGCUCUCAUGGCGGUGACGGAGAUCUCGUCGUUAUUCUCGAAGCGUAGAGUGGUCCAGAAGCAGAAGAACUAUGCUUUCUACCAUCCCUUCACCGACGCUUUUGCAGCCUAUCUGGUCGAUGUACCUGUGAAAUUCGUCAUCGCGACUCUUUUCAAUCUCGUCUUUUACUUUUUGACUGGUCUGCGGCGGGAAGCCUCCAGCUUCUUCAUCUUCCUGCUUUUCAACUUCAUCAGUCUUCUCUUGAUGUCAGCAAUAUUUCGGAGCAUCGGCGCACUCUCGAAGCAACUUCCUAUGGCCUUCGCAAUUGCUGGUAUUGGAAUCCUCGUCCAGGUCAUCUACACCGGUUACACGCUGCAAACGAGUUACAUGCACCCGUGGUUUCGAUGGAUCAAUUACAUCAACCCAGUUGCGUACAUAUUCGAAGCACUACUUGUCAAUGAGGUGCACGGUCGAGAAUAUCCUUGCGCACCACAAAAUAUCAUUCCGCCUUAUGGUGGCAAGUCGAAUUUCGCAUGUGCCGUUAUUGGUGCUCAACCCAACUCACGCUUCGUCCUGGGAGACGAUUGGGUAUCUUCUGGGUACGAUUAUAGCUAUUCUCACCUUUGGCGGAACUUUGGAAUUGCGAUUGCUUUCAUGAUGUUCUUCCUUCCGCUACAUCUGAUCGCCACAGAAUUUCGCUCCACUGCGGUAGGACAACCACAGCGACUGAUUUUCCGAAACUGGAAAGCAGCACAGUCUCUGGCGGAGGCCGCUCAAGAUGUCGAGGCAGCGGGAUCGGAGAAGUCGAACCAAUUCGUCGCCGCUUCUCUCGAUAUCAAAGAAAAACUGUCAAAGACUACAACCAUCACGGAAGCUGAGGCUGCACGAGAGAAUGUGAAGGUUGCAAAGACAUUGGACCAUAGUGGAACGUUGACUUGGCAAGAUGUGACGCUCGACAUCAGCAUCCAGGGUACACCACGACGACUCCUUGAUAAUGUGACUGGUUGGGUCACUCCUGGUACGCUUACCUGCUUGAUGGGCGUUUCAGGUGCCGGUAAAACGACACUAUUGGACACCCUGGCGCAACGUCAUAACACUAUGGGCAAGGUCUCUGGGACUAUCAUGGUAGACGGCAUGGCAUUGAAACGAUCAUUUCAACGCAAGACCGGCUACGUGCAGCAACAAGACCUGCAUCUUUCGACAAGCACAGUCCGAGAAGCCUUAAGGUUUUCGGCGGUCUUGAGGCAACCAGCAUCUGUCUCGCCGGAAGAAAAGUACUCACACGUCGAAAAAGUCAUCGAGAUGCUGAACAUGGUGUACUUCUGUGACGCCAUCGUCGGCCAGCCAGGAGAAGGACUCAAUAUCGAGCAACGAAAGCUACUCACCAUCGGCGUCGAACUUGCCGCCAAACCGGCUAUCCUGUUCCUCGAUGAGCCGACAUCCGGGCUAGACAGUCAAAGUGCUUGGACUAUCGUGUCUCUUCUGCGAAGGCUGGCAGAUCACGGUCAAGCUAUACUUGCGACUAUUCAUCAACCGUCGGCAAUGAUGUUCCAGCAGUUUGAUUCCAUCUUGCUCCUCGCAAAGGGUGGUCGAACGACGUAUUUCGGACCACUUGGUGCUGACUGCCAUACCCUCAUCAGAUAUUUUGAGGCUGGUGGUGCAAGACAUUGUGACCCGAACGAAAAUCCUGCUGAGUAUAUCCUUGAAGUCAUCGGUGACCCUGCACAUGACUGGCCGGAGGUCUGGAAGUCAAGUGAGGCGUUCGUAGCCACCAAGAAUACCCUCCAAAGUGGUGUUCACCACCGUGUCGACAAGCCCGCUGAUCCGGAUGACCAUCUAGAGUUCGCUGUUCCUUUCCCAACUCAAUUCCGUCGUGUGCUUGUCCGUCAGUUUCAGCAAUACUGGCGCACUCCAGGGUACAUCUACGCCAAGUUUCAAGCAAGCACGAUGGCCGCAUUGUUUAUUGGGUUCACGUUCUUCCUGCAGAACUCCUCGAUAACUGGCAUGCAGAACACCUUGUUUGCCAUUUUCAUGCUGAACGCGACUUUCUCAACCGUUGCGAACCAGAUCAUGUCACGAUUCAUCCCACAGCGGGCACUGUUCGAGAUCCGAGAAUCUCCAUCCAAAAUGUACAGCUGGUUCAGCUUCCUGCUGGCAAACAUCCUUGUGGAGAUUCCCUACCAGUGCCUGCUAUCGGUCAUCGUCUGGGCGUGCUGGUAUUUCCCUGUCUUCGGCUACCACCAGGACUCAGAGAGUAAAGGUCUCAUGUUCGCUUUCGUCCUCCAAUUUCUGCUUUUUGCUUCGACGUUCGCACAGAUGAUCAUCUUCACAAUGCCAGACAUGCAGACAGCAGGUACCGUGUCGACCAUUCUGUUCACCCUCACGCUGCAAUUCAACGGCGUCCUACAGUCACCAACUGCCUUACCGGGAUUCUGGAUUUUCAUGUGGCGAGUGUCCCCUUUCACGUACCUGAUCGGCGGGUGGGCGGGGACCGGCCUCGCAAACAGACCUGUUGUCUGCGCGCAGAACGAGUUGGCUAUCUUCGAUCCGCCAAGUGGACAAUCUUGCGGGACGUAUCUUGCGAAGUACCUUGACGGUGGAGCGCCGGGAACUUUGCAUAAUCCCUCGGCCAGCGUUGGGUGCGAAUACUGUCCCAUCCGCAACGCUAAUCAGUUUCUUGCUGGAUCUUCAGUGUACACUUCGGAGCAGUACAGGAACCUGGGCAUCAUGUUUGGAUAUAUUGCUUUCAACAUGUUGGCUGCCAUGGCUUUGUACUACGUCUUCCGAGUCAAGAGGGUCUUUCGGAAGGGCGGCAGGCGUGGCAAAUGGAAGGCGAAGAAAGUCGAGAAGACGAAAAAGGAAAAGACUCCAAAUGAUGACCGUGAUGACGACCAUACGAAGCGUUGGAGCAAGCUUGGAUUUUAUUACCAUCUUACACUGGGAGUUUUCAGGAAUGUGGUCAAGUCAUCAUACACGGUAUAG